CACCAAACCACAAUUGCGCACACUUCCACCCUUGCACAUCAAGACAAACCCCCAACCAACCUCUAAAAGCCUUCAACACAUCGCAGCACAGCACAGCCAUCAUGGCAUCACACCAGGCGCUCCAGGGGCACCUGUGGUGUGGCAUCUUUACCGGAGUAACCACACCACCACGGCGGAAGAGGAGGAAGGUUACUCCCGUUACCCCGCGUCUGCCAACCACUGUGCAGACACCAUUGCAACCCCCACAAUUUGAGCUCCCACCCUCUGUCCAUCGCCACUUGCCUGAAGCAAUUGCAGACAUGGUCAGCGAGAGUUCCGGCGAUGACGACGGGCAGCACCAGCAGCGAGGGCUUUCACCUGUAGAAAAGGGGUCUGCAGC